AUGUAUCCGAACGAGCUACCAACUCCUCCCCUCACUCCCAUCCCCCGCUGCUAUGCUCCCGAGGACCGUUUAGGAUUGAUCCUGGCCAACCGGCUUGAACUCACCGGCAUCCUCGGGAUCGGCGCCUAUGGAGUCGUAUAUACUGCCUUGGACAUCCACACCCACGUUCGAUAUGCCGUCAAGGCUCUCAACAAGUCCGGGCUGGAUCCCCGACAACUCAAGUAUCAGCAGCGCGAGAUUCGUCUCCACCACCGGGCCAGCCAACAUCCCAACGUCGUCUCCCUCGUUCGCAUCAUGGACUCCCUGGAUUGUACCUACGUCGUCAUGGAGUUUUGCCCCGAGGGCGAUCUGUUCUCCAGCAUCACCGACAAGGGCCACUUUGUCGGGAAUGACCCCUUGGUCAAGCGCGUGUUCCUUCAACUCCUGGAUGCCGUACAGUUCUGCCAUUCCAUUGGGAUUUACCACCGGGAUCUGAAGCCGGAGAACGUUCUGGUGACGGACCAAGGCAUGACCGUUAAGCUCGCCGACUUUGGCCUUGCGACCGAGGAUUACUACACCUCGGACUUCGGUUGCGGUUCCACUUUCUACAUGUCGCCUGAGUGUCAACAAUCCCACCCCCGCCCCAUGUCUUGCUACGCCUCGGCCGCCAAUGACGUCUGGAGUCUCGGCGUGAUGCUGGUCAACCUGACCUGUGGUCGCAACCCCUGGAAACGCGCCUCCCUCGAGGAUUCCACUUUCCGGGCCUAUCUCAAGGAUCCUUUCUUCCUCAAGUCCAUCUUGCCCCUGUCCACGGAGAUGGUCUACAUUCUGAGCCGUGUCUUCGAACGCGACCCAGCCAAGAGGAUAACCAUUCCGGAACUGCGCCAGAUGAUUGUGGACUGUCCCCGGUUCACCGAUUCAGUCAUGACCACGGCUCCCGCCCCGGCUCAACCAUCCCCAGUCCAGGUCCUUCAGCCCCAGGUCCCCGUCCAGGUCCCCACUGCUUGGGACCAUACCCUCAUUCCGCCUGCCAACCAGGUUCCGUUCACCAUUCCCGUGGAUCCCAAUUACCAGCAGUUGCCUAUGCAUGCCCAGCCCUCUGGAUCGUCAUCGGAUUCCUCGUACUACUCGGACUUUUCCGAUUCUGCGAUCUCCGAUGCGUCCGCUCUCACCGAGGACUACUCCGACUACUCCGACUACAACUGUAUGUCGCCAGUUGCCUCGGAGCAGGUGCAAAUCCCGGACUGCAAGGUCGUCUUCCCUCAUCCAAUCUGCGUGGAGCAUUCCGUUCCCGUGGAUUCCUUCAUUGCUGGCGCCCCGAUCCAGGUUUGCUGA